AUGGGCAGCAUAUUCUCGAAGGCUGCGCCCAAGGCACCAGCAACAGUGGCUACAGACACGAUCAUCCCCUUGAACCCCAAUGAUGACACUGCCUUGAACCGAGGCAUUGUCAUGGGCUUCAUGAUGCGCUUUGAUGACGUCUUGAACCCAGAAAGGCUGCACUCGUCACUUACGAAGUUACUGGGCCGUGAAGGAUGGCGAAAGCUUGGUGCUAGAUUAAGACUGAACUCUCAAAAAAAGCUUGAGUACCAUGUGCCUGAGCUAUACAACUCCGAAAGACCAGCUAUUGCGUACUCGCACCGGAGGCACGACUGCAGCAUCAAACAUGAUCCGCUCGCUUCGCGGCUACCGAAAGCAACUUCAAGGCCAGCAGUCAUAGAAACUCCACCAGAAAAGUUCCAGGAUUUAAUGCGAAGAUCAGAUGGCCCCAAGUCGAUGCAAGACUACAUCUAUCGCGAUGAACCUCAGCUGAGUCUGCACAUCGUCUCCUUCAAUGACGCGACGCUUGUCAGUUUGACAUGGCUGCACACGUUAUGGGAUGGGAUCGGAAGGCAGGAACUUCUGACUGCGUGGACUGCCAUCCUCGAGGGUCGCGACGACGACGUCAAAGUCUUCCACGGGUUUGACACAGAUCCUUUGGCAGAGCUGGGAAAGAACCCUGCAGAGCCAUUUGUUCUGGCUGAUCAGCGUCUUUCAGUCUGGGGACUGGCCCGAAUCGUCCUGCAGUAUAUUUGGGACAUCCUCCGUCAUCCUUUUGAAGAAUCUCGCAUUGCUUGUAUACCGGCAGCUUACAUCGAAACACUCAAGAAAAAGGUCAACCAAGAGUUGAGUGAACAGAGCACCGGCCAAGAAAAGUUAUUCGCCAGCGAGGGAGACAUCGUGACCGCCGUUAUCGGCCGCCUAUGGUCGCAACAUUUGCCUCCCAAUACCAACAAACCGAUUGUCCUCGGAAACGUCAUCAAUAUACGUCCUGCGCUUGCUCAGGACAUUCUUCCAGAAAAGACCGCAUUUAUAUCAAACGCCACAUCCCUGAUCCUAACAACCAUCACCGCGGAGGACCUCUGGACAAGGCCGCUGAGCUACACGGCUGCCGCGAUACGACGAUCCAUCCGAGAGCAAGGGACUAGAGCGCAAAUUGAAGCUCGCAAAGCCCUAGAAAAGAAGCAUUCUGCAGCUUUCUUUGGUGACAAGAACAUGCAUCAGAUUUUACUGUCAAACUGGGGCAAAGCCAGAUUCUUCGAAACAGACUUUUCUUCCGCCGUCGUCGAGCCUCACUUAGUCUCUGUUGCUCAACCGCACAAACUUGGGCGCCCCUCGCUGAUUCUCAAUGCGAACUAUGUCAGUGGCUUCCCACUUAGAUUUGCGGGUCCGAUAAUUGGCAAGGACCUAGAUGGCAAUAUUUGGUGGGGUGGCAUGUUGCGGACUGGUCUUUGGGGUAGAAUUGCGCAAACCUUGGAAGAUCAGGGUUGGUAUUUGGUAACUAAGUAG